AUGCUUUCGAAGUCAGAAAACAAGGCUAUGCACCAGCUGCAGUCUCAGCAAUCUGAGCUGCUUGACAAGAUUGAUGAACUACGUGGCAUUGGAGUUGGAGGGCUUGUGGAACUUCCUCAACUCAUUGUCUGUGGUAGUCAAUCCAGUGGGAAGAGCUCAGUGCUUGAGGCCAUCUCGAGAGUGCGCUUUCCCACCAAAGGUACAAUCUGUACACGAUUUGCGACCGAGGUCAUUCUCCGUCGUAAGCCACAGACGAGAGUGAAAGUUUCGAUCGAGCCAGGAGACUCGAGAACAGACGAGCAAGAGAGAGAGAGGCUCCGAAACUUCUAUUCGGAGGCCUUCCCGAGCGACAAUGAUCUCGUCGAGCUAAUCGAUCAAGCUAAAGCUUGUAUGGGCAUUAGCGACAAUCCCAAUCAGCACGCCGGAUUCAGCGACGAUGUUCUCAAGAUUGAAAUCUCCGGGCCAGAUAAGCCAGAGCUUACCCUCGUGGAUCUGCCUGGUCUAUAUACGUCCCCCAGCAAGGAACAGAGCGAGGAAGGAAUUGGGAUUGUUCGACAAUUGACAGAGAGAUACAUGGCCAAAGACCGCAGUAUAAUCCUGGCAGUUAUUAGUGCAAAAGUGGAUUAUCACAUACAGGACGUUUUGAGAAUGGCAAAGCAUCAUGAUCCGGAAUACGAAAGAGUCCUUGCUAUCGUCACUCACACCGAUAAACUUGACGAAGGGACGGACGAAGAAGGUCGAUACCUAGAGUACAUCAGAAACGAAAGUAUCAAGCUAAAGCUAGGAUGGCACGCUCUGCGCAACCGCUCACAUAAGACGCGCGAAGUCUCCGAUGACCAGCGAGACGAGGAAGAGAGAAAUUACUUUUCGAAGGGACGAUGGGCCUCUCUUCCUCGAGCACACGUGGGCAUCGACCGACUCCGACAUCGCCUGAGCAAUAUUCUGCUCAAACACAUCGCCGGUAAUUUGCCCUUGCUGAUAAAGGACAUUGAACUGAAAAUUGAUGACCGGAGACAAAGCAUGGCCAAGCUUGGAACGGCACGGCCAACAACUAGGGACCAGCGAGGCUUUUUACUCAACAUCAGCUCCCAUUUCCAGCGCAUUGUCACCGAAGCAUUGAAUGGCAUGUACUCCAAAGACUUCUUUGGUGGCCUCAAUGAUGACCAUUUGGAUACUGGAGAUGCCCGUCGACUACGUGCAAUCAUUCGAGAACUGAAUGAGUUUUUCGCAGAUGCGAUGUUCAUCCACGGUUUCCGCCGAAGGCUCCCCGAACACAUAUACGCUGUACCUCGGCCCCUAUCGGACUUGAGCAACCGGAGGUUCCAAUCUUACAUGAGACAGUGGGUGCCAGAAGAUAUCUCUGUGAAUGAACUCUUGAGUGAAAUGAUGAGACAAGCUGCAAAAAAUCGUGGCAUUGAAUUUCCUGGAUGCGCCAACCAGCUACUCGUUGGAGAGCUAUUUAGAGAUCAGGCAAAGCCAUGGGGAGAGAUCGCUAAACAUCAUUUGAAUCAAGCCUGGCAGUCGGUCAAUGAAUUCGUCCAGCUUGCUUUCGGGUAUCUGGCCGAUGAUAGCACCAAAAAAGCACUCUUGGGUGGCAUUAUUAAUCCAGAAUUGGAAACUUUAAGGGAUUCAUUGCAUGAUAAACUCGAUGAACUACUAUCCUACACGACGACCGGCCAUCCUCUCCCUAUGGGAAGAGGGUUUCUUCAAAGAAUACAGCGAGGUCGGGCCCAAAAUCAGCUGGAGGCCUUGACGGAUAUCCUGAGGAACAGUUCCUCCGAGAAAUCGGGUCAACUAGGGCAAGAAACUUUCACCCUUCAAGACCUCAAAGAAGCUGCUAUUCAAUCUCAGACCUCUGACGGUCAAUUCGCAGUUAUUGACAUUGUGACUCAGAUGCUGGCAUAUUAUGAGAAUGCUAUCAUGGUCUUCAUUGAUAACGUCGCAAUCCUUGCAAUUGAGAAUUGCUUACUUCGUCCCCUGGAACAAAUCUUUUCUAACCAAGUCAUCAACAGCAUGGACGACGAAGAGAUUGAAAAGCUUGCUGGGGAGUCCCAGGAAGUUAAAGAAGAACGAGAACGUCUGAGCCGAGAACUCAAGAAGCUGGAAACUGGCAUGCGAACGCUCAGCACUUUCAGCACUGAUAGGUCGUCUUUGAACAGGCCAUGCGUCUUCGGCAGGGAAUAG